CCCGCCUUUCACUUCGUCUCUCAUUUUUCCUUUUAUAUAUCAUCCCUACGAGAAACUUUCACACCACGCCCUCCUCCUCCUCCUCCACCCCCCAUAUUUCUUCUUCUUCAUCUCAUAUCUUUGUUUCACCCUAAAUAGAUCAUCAUAGAACAAAACUCUUUAAUGAUCCAUGGAUAGCUAUCACAUCUUGUUCCCUCCAUCUUCUGCUUCAUCAGCCGCACCACCAAGCUUUCCUUUUGCACAUUAUGCUUACAAAAGUGCUCACGAGUUUCAUGCUGGGUCAGAAAUGAUGAACCACAGUAACGAGACAUGUUCAUCAUCCGAGGUUAAAGAUGAGCUAAUCAACUCUCACGCCGGCAUGUCUCGAGAUGACGAAGACCAAGUCGGAGGCGACAAGAAGAAGGGGCCGUCGUCGGAGAAGAAGAAGAUGAGGAAGCCAAGGUAUGCGUUUCAGACGAGGAGUCAAGUGGACAUACUCGACGAUGGUUAUCGGUGGAGGAAAUACGGUCAAAAGGCCGUCAAGAACAACAAAUUCCCCAGGAGCUACUACAAGUGCACCUUCCAUGGAUGCAACGUGAAGAAGCAAGUCCAGAGGCUGACCAAAGAUGAAGGUGUCGUGGUGACAACCUACGAAGGCAUGCACACCCACUCGAUAGAUAAACCCACUGAUAAUUUCGAACAUAUCUUGAACCAAAUGCAUAUUUACAAUCACUUUUAGUGGUUCCAUGCAUGAGGAAAGGGAGAAAUUUAAGAAAAAAAUUAGGUCCGUUAGCUUUGUGAAUCGCUUAAAUGAACGCUUGAGUUUAAGAGUUUCUUCAAGGAAAGAGAUCAAGGUUGUGAUAGUUGGAAAGUGUGAGUUUCAUCCUCUUAUUUCGGUUGAACAUUGUCGGCACAUUUACAUAUUUGUUGUUUUAUGUAUCUAUACAUACGAUUGGUAAAUUACGAUCUACUCAUAUGCAUUUCUAGUCCAGAGUGAUCAUGAAAAUAACGUGAAACUGUAGGGAAGUUCGUCCGUCCUGAGAAUCAACCCUCGGGUUCGAAUGAGGUUAAUGUAGUCACAUUCUAUUGUUUAUAGAGAUAUUUCUACAAUA